CCGUUUCGCUUCGGUGCGGCUCCCACUACGCGCCUCCUCCUCCUUGUCCUCACCUCUCUCACUCUCCUCCCUUCACUUCCCAACCAAAGCGAGCUCCAUUAAUGGCGCCUCCCCUAAUCUAGCCGCCGUACUCGCCUCCUUCCCUUCCGAGACCACGCGCGAACUGCCCCAUGACACUCCCUCCUCCUCCUCCUCCUACUUAACUAGGAAAUCUUCGCGCGCCAGCUGAUCGUAUACCACGUACGUACACAUGGGCUACCACCAGCCCGUACACGGCGGCGCCGCGGCCGGUGCCGGCGGGAGUGGCGGCGGUGGCGGCGGCGACCACCUGCAUCAGCAUCACCACCCGCGGUUGCACAGCCCGCGGAUAUCCGGGGGCGGGUCGAUGACCCGGCGUGCCAACUCGUUCAAGCGCGGGGAGAUCGAGCUCCAGAUCGGCUCGCCGCGCUCGCCCCGCGGCGACGGCGUCGGGAGCCCCCUCGCCGAGUCGUCGUCGGCGUCCGAGGCGUCCGCGGGCGGCGGCGGCGCGGUCCACCACCACCACCACCAGAGCCAGCAGCAGCAGCUCCGGUUCCGCCUCUUCAAGCGGCCGGGGUCCGGCGCCGGGGAGGUCGUGCUCGGGCUGGGGAUCCGGGAGAGGAGGCGGAUUGGGAACCUGCUGUUCCUCGCGUUCUGCGGCGUGUGCCUGCUCCUCGGCGUCGCCAAGAUCUGGGCGGGCGGCUGGUUCGCCCUCCCCGGCGACGACAAGGACGCUGAUUUGCAGGAUCUCUCAAUCUCAUUCUCCAGUGAUGGAGGGUAUCAAUUUGAUAGCCACUUUGGACAUGUUGGAGGGAAAGAGAGUGACAGGAUGUUGAUGACAGUGGGAUCAGAAGACAGUGUUCCUGAGGCCCCCGAUGUCUGGUCCCAGCCAAGCAGCGGAAAGUUCAGACAAUGCAUUAUUUCGAAUUCUCAUAAAAAGGAAGAUUCUCACACAAAUGGAUACAUUCUCAUUAACGCAAAUGGAGGUUUGAAUCAAAUGCGGUUUGGGAUAUGCGAUAUGGUUGCUGUUGCUAAGAUCCUGAAGGCUACAUUGGUUCUACCUUCACUUGAUCAUACAUCUUUCUGGGCAGAUGACAGUGAAUUUAAGGACCUUUUCAAUUGGAGACACUUCAUUGAGUCACUCAAAGAAGACAUUGAUAUUGUUGAAAUGCUGCCCCCAGCAUACAAGCAUAUUGAGCCUGUGGCUAAAGCUCCAAUAUCUUGGUCAAAGGUGAAUUAUUAUAGAGAUGAAAUUCUCCCUCUUUUGAAAAAACACAAAGUCAUUUACUUUACGCAUACAGAUUCUCGCCUUGCCAACAAUGGUCUUCCUAGUUAUAUUCAGAAAUUAAGAUGCCGAGUUAACUAUAGGUCUUUGAAGUAUUCCCAAACAAUUGAAGAUCUUGGUGCUACCUUGGUUUCACGGAUGCAUCAGGAUGGAAGCCCAUAUCUUGCUCUCCAUCUAAGGUUUGAGAAGGAUAUGCUAGCUUUUACUGGUUGCAGCCAUAGCCUGACAUCAGAAGAAGAAGAAGAAUUGCGUAAAAUGCGUUAUGAGGUUAGUCAUUGGAAAGAGAAAGAAAUAAAUGGAACUGAGAGAAGAAGUAUGGGUGGUUGUCCUUUGACUCCCAGGGAAACUUCGUUUUUACUCAAAGGAUUGGGUUUCACACGAAGCACCAGAAUCUACUUGGUUGCAGGUGAAGCUUUUGGCAAUGGAAGCAUGCAGGCGCUGAUGGAUGAUUUUCCCAAUAUAUAUUCUCAUUCUACCCUUGCAACAAAAGAGGAACUUGAGCCCUUUAGAAAUCACCAAAAUAUGCUUGCUGGUCUUGACUACAUUGUAGCUCUCCAGAGUGAUGUCUUUCUUUACACGUAUGAUGGUAAUAUGGCCAAAGCUGUACAAGGUCAUAGGCGUUUCGAGAACUUCAGGAAGACGAUCAACCCGGAUAGGAUGAGUUUCGUGAACCUGAUAGAUGAAUAUGAUGAAGGAAGGAUGUCUUGGGAUGACUUCAGCUCAGAAGUGAAACGUAUACAUAGAGAUGGAGAGCGAAUAGGGGCUCCAUAUCUCAGGGAGCCUGGGGAAUUCCCCAAGCUAGAAGAGUCUUUCUUUGCAAAUCCGUUGCCGGGCUGUAUAUGUGAGAAGCUUAAUGACGAGUGAAUAUGUAUAUAUUUGACGAUUCUUUAACCAUCUACGCCACAGGUCAGGAGUUCAGGAUAUAUAGUGCCCCUCUGCUCCUUGACAGUGGGUCAGCAGCAAUAUGCACAAUUAUUUAGUCAUGAUCACUUGACCAGUGAAUUCGUGCUGAUGAGAGUUCAGAGACGAGACACCAAUUUUCAGGUUCAUCCCACAAAAGUUUGCUGCAUGAAGAUCAUCAGAUAUUGCAAAUACGAAAACCAUGUGAGAAGUCUGGCAGCUGCUAAUCAAUUUUCCAGCAGCCAGAGCAUGCCAUCUGAGAAGGCUGGAACAUCAGAGCAACUGCAAUCAGUAUACGGAAGGUAAAUACCGCGGAGGAGAUUACACUUACGGCUUUGUAUUGCCAAUUUGCCAUAUCAUAGGUUUUUUGGUGCACAUGGUGCUUCCCAAUCUUGCUGUUGCUAAGCUGUAUUUUGUGUAGACUCAAUACAACUGAAUUUUGUCACUUGUAUUUUAUCUGGAUAUAUUGAAUUAAACGAAAGAGAUUUUGUCUGAGGCUCAGAGUCAGUCUGGAGCCCCUGCUGUUCCUGUCC